AUGAGAUUCGAGUACGAUUGUUAUUAUGAGGAUGCAUCUUUAAAGCGACCAAGAACGAGGUCGCCAGACCCAAUUUCAGCGAAAGUCCCAAGUGCUGUGGGUGUCUCCAGUGCGAACGUCGACGCCGAUUCGGGAGACAUCCAGAAAGAAGAAGUUAAUUCAGGAACUGCCUUUGCUCAAGCUCUAAUCGCCAAGUUCAAUAAUGCAGGAUCAGACUCUGGGAAUCUGGCAUGGAAUCUGGGCAUCGGAGCUCAUGAUGCAGGUUUUGCUCGACCUCCUAUAAGCAGCAUCAUUUCGGAGAACGAGAUGCUGAGACUGUCAAGAAUAUACUUUUCGACGAUUCAUGAACUUUAUGGAUUUCUGGAUGUGGCCGACUUCAACCAGAGAGUCUCUGACAGGUGGAGAAUACCCGAUUUUGACGAUCAUUACGACGCUGUAUUUUGUGGCGUGGCAGCAUUGGGGUCUCUCUUUUCCGGUGGAAACCCAUGUUUGAAGGAAGUAAAACUCGUUCAACUCGCAAAAGAUACCCUCGAGACAUCGGGUCUUGCGAGUCGCCCGCCCCAGACUCACGUUAUUGCUCGGAUGAUCUUUCGAACCUUGUAUCUUCGGUGCACAAGUCAGCCACACGCGGCAUGGAUGUCAAGUUGCAUGACGAUCCACAGUAUUGAAUGUAUUGAGGAUCGAGAAACAGGCGAGAGUUCGGUCCAAGAAAUUGAGAUCAGAAAUCGGAUAUUCUUGAUUGCGCGGAUUCAAAAUACUUGGAUUGCCAACGAGUACGGUCGAUCUAAACUAGAUAUCAGAGGCGUUUCAUACCCACUUCCAAAUUUACCGGCUGGUGAUGGCUUGGCGGAUUUGUUCCAUCUUUUCCAAAUAUCAGGACUACUUGACCCCGAUAACCAUUCCGAGGCAUCGGACUUUGAGCAAGGCAUAGCAGAUCUAGUCGAGUUCAGAUCUCCAAGAGACGCUAUUACCCUAUCACAAUGCAAUCUUGGACUUGCGCUCUACCGCCGUCUGCGGAUCAUCAGUCCUCAGAUCCCCCAAGAAAUCUCUGGCAAUAUCAUAUCCCUUGGAAUAGCAGGCCUGGAAGCAGUCAAUAGACUCGUCAUAGCACGCCAACCCUGGUGGCACGUCGCUAAUGUGCCUUUUCAGUUCGUAUGCAUAUCACUCGCAAUGGAUACCCCGAAAGCUCUGAGAAGUUUGGAAAAUUCUAUCAAGACUCUCGAAGUGGUUGCACAGUACUUUCCAAAAGGAGGUAUGGAGGAAGCGUCGAGGAUUGCCACACUUUUAGUUUGGCUGGCACGAAAACGUAAGCAGGAGGAUAUGCUUCUCUUGGACACCAUCCUGGAAAAUCGGUCUGCUCCCGCUUCUUCGAUGGAUCUGAGCCAGUUGUGGGAACAGACACAACCCUACUCCAAACAGAUGCAAGGCAGCUCGUAUUCGAACCUAGCGGAUGUCGCAAACGAUGAUUGGGAUGCUUUGCUCAUGGUUGAUUGGCUUGCUCUAAGCAACCAUGAAUACCGAGGUGAAGGAUGGAAUAAUGGCCGUUUCGAAGACUCUACAUCAUUAGUCGCCCCACUGGAACUGAGCUUCAAAGUGAUCGUUGUCGGAGCUACUGUCGCUAUCGUGGCUAUUAUCGUUGUUUUCGGCCCUGUCCUCCCUGUCCUCCCUGCCGUUGCUGUCGUUGCUUUCAUCACUGAUAUCGCUGUCAUCGUCAUCAUCAUCAUGGUCGGUCUCCUCAUCACUCUCAUUGCUAUCCUCGCUCUCGUCGUUUUCAUCGCUUUCAUCACUAUCAUCACUGCCAUCGCCACCAUCGUCAUCACUCUCGUCGCUCUCCUCCUCACUCCCCUCCUCACUCUCUUCACUCUCCACCUCAUCCCACUCAUAUCCCACCAACUUCCGAUCAUACAAAUCGUACCAAGUAUACGUACCCCGACUAUGCCCCUCACACUCCAGCUCACAAAACGCAUGACAACAACACCCCCAAUCAUCUUUCCCCAACCCACAUUUGGAGCACGGGAGUCCGGCACUUGA